ACAGUAUUUAUUGGCAUUCGUGACGAGGUCACUCUAUGCCCAACUGAACAAUCCAAUCCGAAUCCGCAUCUUCGCAUCCGUAUCUGCAUUCCGUCGCCAAGGAAGAGCACCCAGUGGCCAAUCCGUCGACCAUGUCGCCCAAAUACACACAUGCGAUUGUGGCCAGAAUCUCGGAUGCCCUGCUUGAGAACGGAGAGUUUGACGUGCAGCUGGCAAAGCAGCAGCACGAGCAGUACUGCACCCUCCUGAGAACCAUUGGCCUGGAUGUUAUCGAACUGCCGCCGGAUGACCAGCUGCCCGAAGGCGUCUUCGUAGAGAACAGUGCCGUAAUUUGUAAUGGAGUGGCUCUGAUUGGAAGAUCGGAGCAUGCCAAACGAAAACGCGAAGCUGUUAGCAUGGCCAUUAUCCUCAAAAAAGAACUGGACAUUCCGGUCAUUGAGAUUGAAGAUCCGCAAGCGUUACUUGAUGGCGGCGAUGUGCUUUUUACAGGACGCGAGUUCUUCAUUGGAAUCUCUGAUUUUACCAACGAGGGGGGAGCCCGUGCGGUGGCCAUGGCCUAUCCCGAGUAUCCUGUGACGCCGAUUCGGGUGAAUGGUUCCAAGAGGCUGAAGUACUAUGUGACAAUGGCUGGACCGGAUGUGCUGAGCGUAAGCACCAGCCCCACAUGCCAGGAGAUUGUGAAGCGGAUGGAACGGGAGGCCAGCUUUACCUACCAGAAGUUGACUUUGCCCGAGGAGAGUGCUGCCAAUAUGCUGUACAUAAACGGAACGAUUGUACACAGAUCCCCAACGGAGAUUCCAGAAGCCUACAAGACUUUAAAAGAGAAAAUUGACAUUCCAACACGCAACAUAAAUAUUAGCGAAUUUAGCCAAUAUUCCAGUGGACUGACCUCGUCGUGUUUGUUGCUACGACGCUGGAAAUCUAUAAGGAGCUUGUGAAUCUCUGGGCGCGGAGAGGAUCACCUAACCGGAGUGAGACGCAUUGCCAUGAGAAACAUGCACAAUAUUGCCUGCUCUGUCCAGGCAUCAGCAAUAUCGUAUUAUCUUAUUAUAGUUUAUACACAUCUCUUGUUAUUGUUAAAAUUUAAGAUUAAACCUUUAACGCUAAUCAAACUGAUUAUCGAGGUGAUACUUCUUUCCAACUCGUUGCUACUUUACAAGUUACAAAUUUAAGUAGAGAAGGAAAGUAGCGUCAUCCUCAUCAAGAUGAUCGGCAUUCCUCAAUCACACUCCAUGACGAUGUUGAACGGAUAUCAUGUAUUAUGAUAAAAUUGCUAUUAUAAAUUGUAUCUACUUUACAAGUAGUUUGUUGAAUGUGUUCAGUGUCUGUCCUCGAAAUAAAUGCAACAUUUGUAAUCUCUUUAUAAACUUUAAA